AAAGUCUCGACUAACUGCCAGUAUCGCGGACGACGUUGAACGAACUGAUUGUCGUGGUAAACUCACACGGUGUAUCCUCGUUUUUAUUUUUUGACUUUUGUCUUUUGUUGGACUGAUAAAAAUGGCACCUCGCGAAAGAAGGAAGAGCUUCGAUCGAAUUAACUCGAUUAAUGGGCAAGAGGGAGCCCAGUUCAAUAAUGAAGCUCCUUCGAACGACGAUCAGCCUCGGCCGUUGGAUCCGCCGGCUGCGGAGAGAGACCAAGAAGCCAUUCCAUUGGGGCGGAUCAAUCAUGUAAUAUCGAUGAUGACGCUACGAAGAAACUCCAAUCCUAUACAGAUACAGGCCGCGAUUCCAUCUCCAUCGGCCGGACGAUUCCAACCAGCGGAUGAGCCAGAAAGGCGAUUCGAACGGGCGGUCAAUAUGCCACCCAGACGAUUCCAACCAGCGCCAGAGUCACGGGACGCCCAGCAAGAAGAUCAAGCAAACAGAACACUGGACACGCAACCGUCACAGCCGGAUAGCAGUGAGAGCCCACGGCAAACUUAUACACGGUUCACUCCAUCAUGGAUGCCGCAGCAUCCGGACGAUUUGUGGUGGGUGCAGCUUAUAGUAGCCAUAAUCAUCGGCGGUUUUCUUUUAUAUUAUAGCCAUCGGCAUUGGACGGAUGAGACGCCACCCGCAAACGGAUCCUUAUAGGCAAUGCGCCAAGACCUUCGGCCAGAUUUUACACAUAGCGAAGGAGAGAGAGAGAGAGGGACGAUGGCCACGACAUAGACUCGAUAGAAAUACAUGUUUUUUAUGUGUUUUGAACUCGAUUGAAUAAAUAACUGUAAUGUUUGUAUGCACCAUAA